AUGAAGAUGAAUGUCUUCCAGGAACGAGAACAGAGCGACUUCACCAAAUCACAGAAUGGGCUCGGUCGCCGCAGGGCAAGCAAAUCAUUGGAGCAGCUUGACAAAUUACUCCUUCAGCCACUACCGAGCUUAGAAUUAGCCAGCGACCAGUCUCCAACCUUGGCGAUAGUGAUUGACGCAUUGGACGAAUGUGAACGUGGCCUUGCCCCUCCGGAUUUUCUUGACGAGCAGACCCGAAUUGCUAAUCAGUUUGGGUUUUCUCAAAGAUCGCAAGCCGUGAAUAUCAUGAUCUGGUUCUACAUGAAUGAUAAGGAUAGACCGGUCCCUACCUGCGGGCUGGCCUGGAGACAAUGCCAUUCAAUCUCUUGUGACAAUUUCGGUUCCAUUGUUCAUUUUUGCUGCUACCGCGUGCCGUAUAUUCGAAGUCCCCCAGUGGGAUCCAGUGUGAACACCCUCGCUGAGAUCCUUGCACAUCGAAAUGAUGGAUCCCAACUCGAUGGGAUAUAUCUUCCUGUGUUGAAUCGGCUUCUCAAAGGACAGAGCAAGAAACAGGAAAAGCAGCCAGUUCAAGAAUUUCAGGAAAUUGUUGGUGCAAUUGUGAUGCUUGAGAGUCCGCUCUCAGUUAUCUCACUUUCCAAGUUCCCCGGCCCCACUGAAGGGCAAAUUGACUGGAGACUUGACUCACUACACUCUGUUCUGAGUAUGCCUGUUAAUCUGACUCAGCCGGUGCGUUUGUUUCAUCUGUCAUUUCGAGACUACCUUCUUGACCUGGAGACUCGUGAUAGAACCCCAUUACGGGUGGAUGAAAAGCAGAUGCAUCAGAGGCUGACCGCACGAAGCCUCUAUAGGUGUGACAGUCUGCGAAGGAAUAUGUGCCGGCUGAGUGAUGGCACAAAGCGUGCAGAGAUUCAUCGCCGGUCUAUCGAUCACUAUCUCUCUCCAGAGUUGCAAUACUCCUGCCGUUAUUGGGCAUAUCAUCUGACAAAAAGUAAAGACCCUAUCGCUGAAAUGGAUAAUGUCUUUUCAUUUCUCCAGAAACAUUUCCUGCACUGUAUAUAA